GUAUUGCAGGGCUAAGGGGGGGUUAAACUGGAGGCUAAAACCUCUCAUCUGGCACCGGCGCUCGUACCCAGAGUGCCUCACGUUCACCAUGGCGUCCGGUCAAAAUGAUGGGAGCGGAGGUAGGCUGUCGAUGCGGGAAAAGGCGGUGGAGCGACGCAAGGUGAACAAAGAACACAACAGCAACUUCCGCGCUGGCUACGUGCCCGUGGACGAGGGCAGGCUGCACCGCACGGGCCUCCGAGGUCGCAAGCGCUCGCUCGCCAUCUGCCUGGUCGUGCUCCUCUUCCUGCUGGCCAUCGCAAACCUCAUCACCACGCUGAUCAUCUGGAACGUGAUUCGGCUGGGCCCGGAGGGCUGUGACAGCAUGGAGUUUCACAACACUGGGCUGCUGCGCUUCAAGCAGGUGUCAGACAUGGGCAUCGUGUGCCCCUACAAUAGCGCCGUUGGUGGCCGCAGUAACGAAGACCUGGUCAUCACUGGCAACACCAAGCCGGUUAUCAUGCAGAGAAAGCAAAGCAGCGUGACGGUGGACGCAGACAAGACAUCGGUUGUCAGCAAGUUGGGCCUGGAGGUGACCGAUCCACGCACCAAGAAGACUUACUUCAGCACGGACUACAACAAGCACGAGUUCCACCUGCCCAAGGGCGUCAAGAUUCUGCACGUGCAGCGUGCCUCCACUGAGCGGGUGACAAGCAACCACACUUCAGACCUGGUGCUGAAGUCGCAGCAGGCAAUAGUCCGUGGCAAUGAAGGUGUUUACAUUAAUGGCGUGCGUUUGGCGUUCCACGUGAAGGGAGACAUUCAUCUGCAGCCGACGGAAUCGCUCGUGCUGGAUGGCGGCGUGACCCUGAACCCCGCGCGUUUGCCGCGCGCCAGUUCCGACGUGGGCGCGCUGCUGCGCGGCGCGGAGGCCGAGCGCUACAAGCUGUGCGUGUGCGCCGACGGGCUGCUCUUCCGCGUGCGCGUUACCUCGGAGAGCACUGGCUGCCUCGUGACCAACACCCCCUGCGGGCUCGCGAGCUAAAGCGUUUGCUCUGCAACGGUACCGGCGGGCGGGCGUGCGUGCGUCUGUGUGUACUUACGUACGCCUCCUUUCAGAGAUUCGGCUUGCACCCACAAGGGAUGGAUCCCUUAAUAAGGGCCAUUACGUGAGAGAUAUAUAUAUAUGUAUAGUAUAGACAUCUAUGGCCAUAUAGGGAUUAACUGGACUGAGGCAAGAACUCGUGCCAUGUGGCCCAUCACCAUACGCAUCCUCCUUUACCGUUCCGGGAUGCUGCCAUGAUGUAAUGGUGAGCACACUGGACUUGAAAUACAGAGAUUGCUGAUCCAAUUUUGGGCCUCCCAGCAAGUCAGUUGAAACAAUGGCUCAGUUUUAUUAAAUGUCCCCGCCUCUGCCCAUUUGGAUCAGCAGGUCCAUUUUGGUGGCCACUGUGGAAGAGUAGGCAAAGAUACCCUCUUGAGGGGUGCUAUAGUUAUCAUUGUAGUGGAAACCCUUGUGCCAGCAGUGGCGAGAGCCAGGGCUGCACCAACUUUUAUACCGCUUAAAUUUAUUUGAAAACUUUUGUGCACGAUUGUUAUUGUUUUAAUAAUGGAUAGUCCAUUUUAUUUGGUUGUUCCACGAUGUCCAUGCCUCUUAUUUGGCCUGUGUCUCUAUAUGUGGCUCUUUCCAAAUACAUCCAGACUCAUGGAUUGUUGCUGUUUCAAGUGAGUUUAUGUCCUGGUGAGGAUUAGUUGGUGUUUAUGGUUGCCAAAGGUAAUAUCCAUAGCCACCUGUAAUGGAAAUCUAGUCAUAUAUUGGAUCAUAGUACUUUGAAAGCAAACUUCUGAAGUUAUUACAAUCACGCAAGUUUUUUUUACAUUUCUACAAUUAUUGAUCCCCAAAAGUAGGUACUAUAGAGCUGAUUUUUAAAAUCUUAACUUAACCAUGAAAUCACAUCCUUCACAUAAGCAAUCAUUUGCAACCCAUCAUCAGUAUGCUGUUGGAUUAAUGCCUCCCCAAGCCAUGUGGAUCAUGGGAAUUGUUUGACCAUAGUUUGGGUUUGUAAAAGGGUGCUCCAGGACUGGUUCAAAUAUUGCUCACCAAUAAAUAUUUGCAAUGACCAGGAAUCCUAUUUUGGUGGCUGGGUUCAUAGUGCAAUGCACGAACCACUGCAACACCACUCUACCGCUCCUUUGCAUCAUAAUUUUACUACAUUGGAUUGACAUAUUUUUUAUCGGACUUUUGUGUGCAUUGUGGAAAUCGUGAGGCCAUGACUCGCCUAACAUUUCUUUAUUGGCCUAUUUGAUGGGGACAGUUUACCUCAUAGUAUUGAAAGUAUUUUUGCACAUUUAAUUAAUUGUAAUAUCAAUGAAUGCACAUUUAUACAAAAUCAGCUUAUGUAUAGCAGUCAGUACCGCCGUUCUAAACACUGCAGUUGUUGCCGACUGGUCCUAGUUUUGUGUACUGCCGUCAAACAGAGACGCCACUGAAUCUCCGACGUUACAAAUCCUUUUGUACAGAAGGCCAUGUGUGAAAUUUACGUCACUAAUAUGUAUGUUUCAAGUAUUUCUGUGCAACUCGGUGGAACAGUCAGCUGCCUACACUAUUCUAGAAAGUUUGACCUUUUACACUAUUAAGUGGACUUUAUAGUAUUUAAACUUACCUGUAGAGGGCGAUGGUGCCAUAUGUCAGAACAUAUUGAAGUGGCUGAUGGUACUUUGAGAAGUUCUUGAACACUAAAUGUCCGACAGUGUUUCGGUAAAAAAAAAUAUAUGCCAUUCAUGUUGUGAAGAUAGAGCUUACGUUCUAUAUAUUUUAGGAUUCGAAAAUAUAAUUGUUAUUUGAAGAAAGGAUAAGUUAUAUGCUUGAGUGUUGGCGAGGAUCUCUGUAAACACACCAAUGCCAAGUAUAACCACCACGCAACACCAUGCACAGCAUUCGUCCUGAAGUAUUUCAAUCCUUUACUCGAUGGGUUUGAGGCCAUGUAUUAUUUUCUGUGUGAAUUCCUGGCUGCACCAGUGGCAGGGAAAUUCUCUGCACAGUGGAGAUAUUUUCAAAACACAUCCUGAAGGUUUUUGUAACGACUUGUGCCAGAUUUCACAGAUUGACAUUUAAUUUAAUUUGCACGUUUUUUUACGCAGUAUUGCAUGUCUGCCUUAAGUUAUAAACAGCGUGUAUUUGUGUGUAUAUACGUAUGCUUUUUAAUUGACGUCUUGUUUGGUAUUUAUGGUGUAUUGCUUAAGGGACACUAUGGGUCUUUGUGGAGGAAACACGAACCCAGUUGCAUGCAAGUGUCGUUAAUCUAUGAAUUGUUUACACUCAGGUUUCCAAAACGUCAUGCCUUGUGCCCUCCCACGCCCACCUGACUAUGUUCAGGCUUUAUUCGAAGGCAAAUUAAUUGCACAUCGCAAGGUUCACACAAGUAAACACAAACCUUUCCUCAAUUUGAAGAUCGGGACGGCUCCUGAGAAAGCCAGGUGACUCGCUUGUCAAAGCACGCGCGUGGAGGACCUUAUUUUGAGGAGCGAAUUGGACUUUGAAAUACCCUUUUGGUGCGUCACAUUAACACACCUCAGUAGCCACUGCUGAAAUGCGUGACUUGAGGCAAUUAAAAAUAUAAAGAGUGUUGCCAGGUCAAAAAUAUUCCCUGUUUUAGUAUCUCAGUGCAGAUAAGCGUUGUGUUCCAGAUCAAGUUCACCACCCCUCUAGUAGAGUACAAUGAGUAAACAACGCCUUCUCGAUAAAGACCCAUGGUCUACUCUAUGCAGAUAUCGGCUGUUGUGUGUGCAUUUCAGAGAUUUAAAAAACUAUACUUAAAUAUUACAGCUUACGACGUUUUAAAAAGUAAUGGCUUAUUAAACUGGAAACAUGAUUGAAAACACACUGUUACCCUGUUAGAGUUCUGUGGAUUUUUGUUUCUGCUGCCUUAAGAUUUAUAUUUUACCGUUACACGAUGUAUUCACAAUGCCUUUUAUCAUGUGCGGUGGAAAGCACAAGCAUCCUGUCGGGAUCUCCGUCACGGGCUAUUUAAGUGGAAACAUGUUCAACCUGCAUGGGGGACGUAUGCGAGCGAUCUGUUGGUUGUUACUCUUGUCCGAAGGCACUCAAUAAUUGCGUUCAAAUCGUAUGUUAAUAUCACAAGCGUACAAUAAAAAGAGGAAUUCCGAC